AUACAAAUUAAUUUUAUUUUAUUCCAUGUAGCAUUUUUUGUAGCUGUCCAGGUUCUUUUUACAUUGGGAUUAGUGUGCCUUAUAUUGGCUUGUUUAGUGCUGAUGGUGUUCACUAUGUGCCUCAUCUCUGACAAAGAUGUAUUGAUUUUGAAACUUUUGGCUUCCCUUGUCUUCAUAUCAGGGAUAUUUAGUACAAUUGCAGUGAUAACCUUUGGAGCUCUGGGCGAUGAAAGAAACUGGAUGCCAGAUCCUGAUCAUAAUUAUUUGUCCUGGUCAUUUGGAUUAGCAGUAAUUGGAGCUUUGCUAGAGCUUGGUUCAGGUUCAUUGUUUGUUGUAGAAUCUCGUCUUGCACAACGUCGUAUUCAGGAUAAAAAUCAACAAGUUUUUACAUUAAAUCAAGUGUCUAAAGCAUAAACACAUUUUAACAUCUCUGUAUAUUAUGUCUUUUAAACUCUCAUAUGUAUAUUUUUCUGUUAUUCAAGUUGUUCGUGUUGUAAAUGUUUUUACACAAUCUGUAUAACAAGGUGAUCAUUUCUGUUCAGAAUACUAUGGCAAUCUUUAUUAGCUGAUGAUUAGCU